UUUAAUUUGUUUCAUUUUAUUAUUUUUUUCAAACAUGUGCGUACAACACCAAAAUUAAACAUUACCAGUGAGAAUAUUGAAUACAACAAUAACAAUAAUCAAAGCAAAAAAUUUAAAAUAGAACAAAAAAAAAAUAAUAAUAAUAAUGAUAAUGCGAACCCGACACGUCCGCAAAGGAGUAAGAUGAAGCAUUAUGCUUUUUUAAAAACCUACCCCUUCUUAUUUACUCAAUAAAAUCAAUAAGUCUCCAGCAAAAUAAAAUUAUAUUAACAAAAAAAUACAACAAAAAUAGAAUAAAUAAUAUAUUAAUAAUUUGUGAAAACACCCGGUAGUUAAUGCCCGUCUUCCCCCCUGUACCUCCUUCAAUGUAUCCAUCAAUAAUAUCUAAUGCUCAAUAUCCUGCUGGAUGUUAAAAAUGAAUCACAAGUAGCAACAACACAAAGUCUGCAAACUUUUUGUAAAAAAAUAAAAAUAAAAAGUACAAUUCAAAUAUCUACAUUAAGAAAACAUUGUGACAGAAAUGUUUCCUCUGUUUACGAAACUUAAUUACUGUUAAAAGUACCCCUCAUACUAGUGACCACAGUAUUUACAAUAUGAACUAGUUAAUGUAAAAAAUAUAUAUAUAUAUUAAUAAAUGAGCUAAUGUCACGAUAAAAUGAGUAGUGUUGAGUAGUGUUGAAUGAACCCUGACGUGUGAUUGGCUCUGUUGAUUUCAAACUGUGAAUCCUGCGGACGGGUGUUGUGUCGCGAUAGGUUUCCUUUCUUUCUUUCUUUUUUAAAUUCUAUAUUUUAUAACAAAAUCACAAUUCCAAGCAUAGCAGAAUCAGUUCAAUACAGUAAUUUCAAUAUUGAAAAAACAUAUCAGUGAGAAAUACUUAACAAUAUGUGAAAGCGACAAUGCAUGUUCAGGCAGGGGAAAAAACAAAAAAUUACAUAAAGAAAACAUUGUGACCGAAUUGUUUUCUCUGUUUAUGAAACUACAUUACUGAUAAAAGAACUCCUCAUACUCGUGACCAACGCAGUUACAACAUAAACUAGUUAAUGUCACGAUAAAAUGAUCUUGAAUUGUGUUGAAUGAACCCUGACGUGUGAUUGGCUCUGUUGAUUUCAAACUGUGAAUCCCGCGGACGGAUGUUGUGUCGCGAUAGGUUUCCUUUCUCUUGGAGCCGUAUGCCACUUCCGGUUACAUGACGACGACGGCGUCGGUACAAAAAGAGAGAAGGAAAACAGGAAAAUACCUUUCUUGGCGAGAACACUGGAAACUUAAUCUAAAUAGAUAUACCUACACAAUCGGGUUGCUCGUCUGGCGGUGUAACUGCCGAUUGACCUCAAGUUUCCGUGAUCUGAUCACGUUUGAGCAGUGACGGAUUAGUGAAAUUUGGAGUUUAUUGUUCUUCGCCUGCUCCCUCCAGCUAAGCUAUUUCUGUGCUGCCCUACCUAGCCGUGCUAGCUAACGUUAGCUAACGCUGGAUGCCAACACAGUGUGUGGACUUAGUUCAAAAUUAGCAAGCGGCUAGAAAGAGACUAGAGCGUUGUUAAUCCGCUCGGUUUGCAGCUGGACUCCGCUAACCUCUGCUAGCCCGAAAAACAGUAGUUUAGCGAGGAUGGCAACAUCGGCUCUGUACGCCUGUACCAAGUGUAACCAGCGAUAUCCCUUCGAGGAGCUGUCGCAGGGCCAGCAGCUGUGUAAGGUAUGUGAAGAUGUGAUGCUGGAUGACCACAGACAAGACACUAACAUCCCGAGUUUACACAGUGAGGAAGCGUGCCAGUGUUAUUGCCGACUGAGAGUGAUGGUGUUAGUUAAACAGGCUCAGAUUAUGUAACAGCUCUUAUCUCUCCAACCUGGACACACAAAUACAGCAACUCUAGCCGCGUUUGUAUACUAAAUACACUUUCAUACUGUCUCUAUAUCUGUUCAGUCUGAGGUAGUCCAGUUUUUAGAUUACCAAGAAAUGAAUUUCCUCCUCAACUUGUUGCUCAGACGGAGCUCCAAAUUUCUGAUCGUGGUGCACAGAGGGAGGCAGGCGUCUUUGGAGCCCUCUGUUUACACUUGUCUUCAAACCGCUCUCAGUCAUCACUGAUAAACGGCAUAAUGAUCAUAUAUGUGAAUCUGGGAUUUUUGAAUAGAGAGGAAUAAUCAUUCACAAGUGGUCGACCGAUAAUAUGGUACAAUUAGGACUGGGCGAUAGUUUCUGUAGGUCCACUUUGCGUUGAACCAAUCAUGUGCUGAAUUAGAACCAAGUAGCAAACAACUGCGUAGUAGCAGGCAGCAGCUACACGCAAACCAUAGCACUUUAAAGCUAAAAACAGCCUACUACUCAGUCUGCUUUCUCUUACACCAAAAUGUCGAAGAGACACAGACACCUCACAGAUGCAGUAGCUUAUUGUAUUGCAAAAGACAUGCUACCAAUAAGCACUGUUAAAUUUCAUUUUUUUUAUAUUUUGAUAUAUAUCGAUAUCGACUGAUAUGAAAAAAAUAUAUCAUGAUAAAAUUUUUCCCAUAUCACCCAGCCCUAGAUACAAUCAUAUUACAGUUACAAAAAAGAAACAAAUGUAUUUUACUUAAUUAACAAUUUAUCAUAUUAACUUAACACGAAAACUUUGGCUUGGUUAAAUAUUGCCACUAGGGGCUUCUAGGUUUCUGCUAAGCCAUCUAUAACGAUCAAAAUAAUCAAGUACAAGCUGAAUUAUAUGAUUAAAAUAAUCAUGUUAAAUUCCUUAAAGACAUUCACAUAACAUGUUUCAUGCAUAUUUCCUUUAUGGAUCUAUGAAAUAGAGAAAUAUAUGAGGUUUAUUAGAUCUCAGAACAGGACUAUUAUUUAUGCCUGAAGCAGUAAUAAACUGUGUUAUCCUGUUUAAUUUCAGAAGCCAUAUAUAACUUUAGGUUUAUGUACACUCUUAAUAUGCCAUAAAUCAGGAUGGGGGAAAGUGUGAUCUUAAAAAACAAAGUGUCUGUAUUGGCCUUAUGACCAUAGCCAAUCAGACAGUGGCGAUUUAAUUGAUCUAUUUCUUCUAUUGAAUUGUUUGUUUAACACACUGCCAAACCCCAGCAUGAAAAUGUCUGAACUGACAGGAAGAAAUCUUUGUCCCUUCUUUUCUUGACUUCUUGCCUACACCCUAACAUUCAGGUGCUGGUAUUUUUUGCAAAUGUUGGAGACAAUUGGUGUCAGACAAACCAAUAUCUAGUUGUGCUGAUGUUAACAUUAUGCCUACACAUGUUCAAAAUAUGUUCUUGAACGCACUGAUGGUUUUUUGCUUUGUUUCCACAGGAGUGUCGCAUUGCACAUCCAAUAGUGAAGUGCACAUACUGCAGGUCUGAGUUUCAGCAGGAAAGGUAAGAUAUAUACACCCUGUCAUAAAACACACAUGUGAAUUUUAACAACAAACAAUUUAUUUAAAUUUUUUUUUUUUUUACAUUUAUUGUGGAUUAAAACCUUGUUUGUCUUUAUAGUAAAACUAACACAAUCUGCAAGAAAUGUGCUCAGAACGUCAAACAGUUUGGAACAGUGAGUAACAAGUUUUUCCUGUUUCUUUUGUCCUUAGGUGUCAAUAAGUUGUACUCACUUGAUACCGUUUAAUGUUGAGUCACGUCUGAACUUUGUCUUUUGCUGUCUUUCAAGCCCAAACCCUGUCAGUACUGUAACAUCAUCGCAGCUUUCAUCGGGACGAAGUGUCAGCGUUGUACCAACUCAGAGAAGAAAUAUGGACCUCCACAGACCUGUGAGCAGUGCAAACAGCAGUGUGCUUUUGAUCGCAAGGAGGAGGGAAGAAGAAAGGUAUAAAUCUCACACACACAGAGGUCCAAUCUAAAACCGCCCCUACACACUUGCCCUUCACUACCGAGUGUCACCCGUAAUGAAGUUACACUUGCAGUUAAGGAGUGCGCCUCAGUUGAAAUGGGGGAGUAUAAACAAGACGGGCGUGUAUGGGACGCCCCCUCACUCCACCGGAAAACAGAAAAAUUCUUCACCAUAGCAACACGCAGAGCGUCCUGUGCAUGGCAGUGUUUCUUUUCUUAGUAAACGGGCAUCAUGUACAGUUCUGAGCCGCACUGGCUGCCUCGUUUUUUCAUUGUCCCAGUAAAAUCAUAAAUCCAGCAACCAUCACAGUGACGGGAGCUAAAUUGUAGUGCGGAAGUGUGCACCAGUGCAGACUCGCUAGUGAAGGGCUAAACACUCAGAGUGCAGAGGGAACACUCCCCCUCUGCACUCUGUGGUUUGGGAUGACCUUCAAUAUGGCGGAGCCUCCGGAGGGGGAGUGUGUGUGGGGCGGUUUGGGAUUGGACAGUAGAGUCUUAUUCAACAGUCGGUAUCUCUCAGCGAGCCUUCAAAACCACUGACUUGGCCCUGUGUCACAGGUGGAUGGCAAACUGCUGUGCUGGCUCUGUACUCUCUCCUACCGCCGCGUCCUUCAGAAGACCAAGGAGCAGAGGAAGGGCUUUGGCUCCUCCAACUCUUCAUCCCUGAAUGAGAAAGACCACCACUCCAGACCUCACCAUCAUCACCACCACCACCAACAUAGACACAGCAGUUCUCAUCACAAGUAUGUCAGUUUUGUCACUUCUUACUGUUUAAUCCCCAAGGCAACCAGUCACUACAGGGGAAAAGUGUAUGUCUGAGUUAUUUUGCUGUCUAAACAAAACCGAUUAUUCGAAAACUAGACUCACAAGUACAUUUUCUCCACAGGCUGAGUGGGAGCUUGAGUCCAGAACAAGAGCAGGGACUGUGGAAGCAGAGGUAAAACUUUCAUACCAAAUUCACCAUCAUUGCACUAAAUCUGAGAACAAUAUUGUGUUUGAGUUUGGGGACAUGUUUCUCAUUGUAGCUCUUGAUUUUCUGUGCAGCCAUAAGUCGUCUUCGAUCCAGAAGGAGACUCCAAAGAAGAAACCAAAACUGGAGAUGAAGCCAUCAAACGGGGACAGGUGUGGAAAGUGUUGUCAUAUUUGGGAAAAGGCCAAAUCAUGGUAUUUUAAAUGUAACUAUGUAUAACUUAAAUUAGAGUUAACCUUUUUAUUUUUCUCCCCUUAGUAGUUCCAUCACCCAGUCAAUGGACUCUGGAGGAACAGACAACUUCAUCCUCAUCAGCCAGCUGAAAGAGGAGGUGAUGUCUCUGAAGAGACUUCUACAGCAAAGGGAUCAGACGAUUUUAGAGAAGGACCGAAAGGUAUGUCCCCACAGCCUUACCAAAGCUGUCUCACUUGUGGUUAGUUGUAUUUGUUCCUUGUAUUGAUUGUUAUCCUCUUUUAGCUCACAGAGCUCAAAGCUGACUUUCAGUACCAAGAGUCCAACAUGAGAGUGAAAAUGAACCAAAUGGAGAAAUCGCACAAAGAGUCAAUGGAGCAACAGCAGGUAUGAGAGUGUGUGUACAGAUGCCACAAAAGUGUGUAAAAGUGAGCAUUUGAUUGACAGUUUCAACAUCAUGAGGGUGGAACUGUUUGUGGCAGACUUUGCAGGUAUUGGUUUUCCUUUUCUUUGAAUGGACUCCUGCUCAUUAGCAGGAUCUAAAAUCUAGAAUAAUAUGGUAAUUAAAUACUAAAUUCGCUACAAAUAAGCCAUGGCUAGAAACCUGUGUACAUGGCAUUUACUUUGUUCCCACUGCGAAGAGAUGUCUCACACAUUUGUCCAGGACAGUGUAUUCUCACAUCGGUUUAUCUAAUCUGUAGAAAGAGUCGACUAAAAAUUUGUAUCUCUCUUACUAUUUGAAAUAAGUGUUUACCAGUUUAUAGACUGACAGACACUACAUUGACCAUAUAUGUGCCAGUGUGAUACACGGAUGAGUCACGUGUCGCUUAAGUUUGUUGUCAGUUGUUAAGGAUAUGGUUGGUGCACAAGUUGAACAAUUUCUUGUUAAACUCCACGGGGUUUACUUGGUGUUGCUUUGAUUUUGAUUUUGUUGUUGUGACUUUGUGGUAGGGGAUUUAUGCAAUAAAUAAGGGGAAUUUUUUAGUGAAGGGAAAAUAUUUAAACUUACGUCAUGCGGGUAAAGACUCUUCUGCUCGAAUCUGGAUGGCCAAUCUUAUGAAACCUGUUCUAAAGCUAAUUUUCAUUUUUCAUGUCUGUCCCUCUUGUGUUUCCACAGUCCAAGAACAGGGAGUUGAUGAAACAAGUAGCUGCCCUCUCCAAAGGAAAAAAGUUUGACCGGACAGGAAGUUCUCUGCUGCUCCCCUAACAAAAGGCCGGCCAGCGGGUAACAACACAGAGCGGCUUCAUUGUUUAACACUGUGAAAGUCUCCCUCCUGUGUUCCCUCAUUGCCAUUGACAUCGAUAAAAACUUAAUUGGGUAAAGCCGGAAACCAUGUUGUACAUGGUGAAACAACUGUUCAAUCAAAGAAACCUUUCUCUAAAUAUCGACCUAUUUUAGAUAUUUUACGGCGACUUUUCCACCGGAUCACAGGAUGUGACUUUGGAUGGAGGAUGGAGCCCUUGUUUCUAACACUGCCGGGCCAAAACAAAAAAAAAGCAUGGUGUGCAUAUGUGGAUAUCAUUCUGUCGACUCAGUGUAUCCACUGAAUUUUUAUGGAUGUCAUGCAAUUUAUUUAUUCAACUGUAUUUCCUAGCUUUUUUAUUUCCUCACAACAUACUGAGAGAAUAUCCCACAUUUUGGGGUUUUCUUCCAUAGGGAUUAGUUCUAUUUUUAUAAAUCGGUUGUGAAGGAGAAGUUUUCCUUCAUGGAGGCCCUGUGCAACUUUAUGAUGUAUGCAAAUGUGGGAAGGGUGACCACUGAGCUGCUGCUCAACAGGAGAGAACUCUCUCAGUAACAAUUCAUAAAUCAACCAAUGAACACUCGGACAGGCUGUCUGGUAGAGCGACACCUCUCGGCUGCCCUCUCUCUCACUGUGUGACAGCUGUAGUGCUUUGCUGUUUCUCUUAAAUGGAACGAUUGUAAUACUGCAUGAUUUUACUGCCAGACACCGGUUGGCAUUGUGGUCAGACUUCUUCUUUUUUCUCCCUUUUAAUUAGUUUUCUAAGAAUCACUUGUAAAUGUAAUACUGGGGUCAGCCAUUGUAUUUAAACUAUUGCUUGUAUCUGUUUUAGUGAGUACAGUAUGUGUAUGGUAAGGCCAGUUGAAAUUAACAUGUGUGUAGAUGAUGCUUUUUACAGGAACACACCUUUCACCUUGCAUUAUUGGGCUGGUUUCAUACUGUGGCGUCCAGGAUCACUUUUGUACUUUUUUCCAAACCAACUGUUUUAAAACUAUUAAAACUGGCUAAGCUGUU